UGGCAUCAACCCGCUGGAUCCUCCGAGAAAAACUCACUUCUUUUCAACUCCCGAGGUGUCUGUCCUCUGGUGUCUCUCUUCUCUCUUUCUUUCUCUCUCCAGUCAAUGGUGGUGGUGCCCAAAGUACGCCAGUGGGUACAGUACGCACCAACAACAACCUGCACAAUCGAAGAAGAUCACACCAGCUUUCCCCUCUUUCUCUCUCUCUCUCUGUCUCUUCUCUAUACAUUUCACUUUCGAAGUCUCUCACAAUUCAAAUUUGGAGAACUAACCAACUGAACUGAUAGUGUAGGCUAGGGUUAUUUGAGCUCCGGCAAAGCUAUAAAAAAAAAAAAAAUGCGAGUGUGAUGAGAAAUUGGGAUCCAGAUUUGAAUUCGGGUUUGGAUCGGGUCGCCUGGUGAGAUGGAUCCGCCGGCAAUGAUGAACCACGGUGGAUUUCAGGCAGCGAAUGUGGCGGAGAUCUGGCCAUUUCCUAUCAACGGCGAAGGUGCGAAUGGUGAUGAAUCUGGAGGUGGUUUGGGCUUGAGGAGAGUUCAAUUUUCGCAGAGUUUUGGAGAUGCGAGUGGGAAUCGAGAUGUUUCGGUGGGUGAUCCCAUGGUUUUGGACCAGAGAACGAAUACGAACGGUGGCGGAGCGAGGAAGAGGCGAGAGGAGGAGGAGUCUGCUAAAGGUGUUUCAACCAGUAGUGGCAAUGGCAUGAAUGAUUUUGACAUGAAACGACUUAAGACAUCUGGAUCUAGAGAUGAAAAUCAUGAAUCCAAAGCUGAAGUUGAAGCAAAACCAGGCAAGGCUGCAGGGCAAAAUGCAAAGCCAGCUGACCCACCUAAGCAAGAUUACAUCCACGUGCGAGCAAGAAGGGGUCAAGCUACUGAUAGCCACAGUCUUGCAGAAAGGGCUAGGAGGGAAAAGAUAAGUGAGAGGAUGAAAAUUCUCCAAGAUCUGGUCCCUGGUUGUACUAAGGUCAUUGGCAAAGCAUUGGUCCUUGAUGAGAUAAUCAAUUAUAUCCAAUCCCUACAGCACCAGGUCGAGUUCCUGUCAAUGAAGCUUGAAGCAGUCAAUACGAGGAUGAACCCUAGCAUUGAAGCAUUUCCUUUAAAGGAUUUUGGUCAACAAGCAUUUGAUACAGCAAGCAUGCCAUUUGGUUCACAAGCUACAAGGGAAUACGGCAGGGCUUCAUCACCUGACUGGUUGCAUAUGCAGAUUGGUGGUGGUUUUGAGAAAACAAAAUAACGUCAGUACUCAUCAACUGGUAAUAAUAGCAUAAAAGGUCAUGCUUCCUUCUUCUGUAACUGCCCGAAAAUAUAGCCAUUUCUCGGAUCAAAAAGAGACUAUUAUGAUUUUCUGCGUCAAGCAUGGGGCUGGCUGUGGUUUCUGCCUUUAAGACUGUUGUGAUAGAAAACAAAUUAAAUUAUCUCCAUACAUCUUGUAGCCAUGUUUCUGUCCUCAAUCUAGUACGCAAAAAGAGUUUGUAGAACGAAUGCUGAUCUUCCGAGAUUGUUCAGAAACUGUAAAGCUUCCAUAAUUUGUGUCAAAGUUGAUUUAACAUGCGGUGUAUUAGAACUCUGAAGGUACAUUCAA